AUGGCAACAGCAGCUCCUCUCGUUCCAAGCAGCCCAGCGUCCAUCGCGUUUGUAUUGGGUUCUCCAUCGCGCGAUUUCGUCUCCAGGGAGGAUGUUCGAGAGCAGAAGAUUAGAAAACUUCAAACGAAUCUUGUUCGAUACUCUCGUUUGAAUGACAAGAAAAUGGUUCUGCGAAGUUUGGAAGAAGCUACUUUUCUUACAUCCCUUGAGCUCGAUGUCGCUGAUCAAAGCGAAUAUUCCAGUUUUGAUCUAGAAACUGAAAUUAUCACUCAUACCACACUUGAUGUUAAUGGCUUGCAAUUUUUGCAACAGGGUGAAAGCGGCAAAGACACAAGAAACGGACUCGCAAUGUUGAAAAUGUUUUGUGAUCGCAUGUGCGACGACAACAGCGUCAACGUGCAUCACCGGGCCGUGUACAAAACCUUGAUUCCAAAGAUGGCCCCUUCUACCGCUUCAGCAGAUCCCUAUUUCCGAUUGAACUCUCUUUUGGGAAGCUCUGAUCUCUUGGUAAUGCCCAUAACUCAAAACCAAAUCAUUCCAAUCGAACUGAAUCUUUUCGCUUCGGGCGGAAGCGUUCACAUGAGAAUGACCGAGAAAUUCAGGUUUGGUCUUUUUCGAAAAGUUGACGUGAAGCACAACACCCCAUGGAUUACUGUCGAAGCAACCUCUACGGAACGAGCGAAUUUUGGAACUGGCGAGAGCACCCGCUUCUUGAAUUUGUCGGUAGCCGAUGCAUAA